CUGUUCAAAGCCUUCUACGAUUCAUUUCAUCCCCCAUUUUCGGGGUGACCACGAAAUUCAGAAAAAUCCUUGUUCUUCUCUAUCCUCAGUCACAAUUCCUAGCGAUUCAUAGGUGGAUUUCUCUGUCUCACAUAGUUUCUGUUUCUACAUUUCUCUGCAAGUAUGAGCAAGGGACCAGGACUCUUCUCUGAUAUUGGCAAGAAAGCCAAAGAUUUGCUGACAAAGGAUUAUAUCUCCGAUCAGAAAUUUUCGGUCUCGACUUACAGUGAGACAGGAGUGGCCCUUACAUCAAAUGCAGUGAAGAAAGGAGGGCUUUCAAGUGGAGAGGUGGCAGCACAGUACAAAUACAAAAGUACUUUUAUCGAUGUUAAAGUUGAUACUGAAUCAAAUAUCUCAACUACUUUAAGUUACACUGAUCUCAUUCCCUCGACGAAGACUACUGUUUCACUAAAAUUUCCUGAUUACAAUUCUGGCAAGCUGGAGGUUCAGUACUUCCAUCAUCAUGGAACCAUCACUUCUGCCUUGGGUCUGAACCAAUCCCCUGCAAUUGAUCUUUCUGCCACCAUUGGUACGCCAACCUUUGCUAUUGGUGCAGAGGCAGGUUAUGAGACCACCUCUGGUACAUUGGUGAAGUACACUGCCGGCGUCAGUGUGACAAAACCAGAUUCAUGUGCUUCCAUAAUUUUAGGCGACAAAGGAGACACAAUAAGGGCGUCAUAUGUACACCAUCUGGAUCAAUUAAAGAAGAGUGCUGCUGUUGGAGAGAUCACUAGAAAGUUCUCUACAAAUGAGAAUACAUUUACUGUUGGAGGGUCCUAUGCAGUUGAUAACCUGACACUGGUGAAAGCAAAGCUCAACAAUCAUGGGAAGCUAGGGGCUCUUUUUCAGCAUGAGCUUAUUCCAAAAUCGCUUCUGACGAUCUCUAGUGAGUUUGACACCAAGGCCGCCUUGGAAAAGACUCCCCGGUUUGGUGUUGCCCUUGCUCUCAAGCCUUGAGGUAUUUUUGCCUGUUGAUGAUACAUAGUUAAAGCAAAUUCUUUUUCUUAUUUUUUAUUGGGGGGUACAUUGUUAAAGCAUUUGUUGUUUGGGUUUUGAUCGACUAGGGAUGGUUUGCUGUGAUACUUGGUUAUAACAUGACGUAUUUCUUGGUCUUUUAGUUUCAUUCUUUCCAUUUUCCAAGUCAUUUUUGGGAUAUGCACAUUUCUUUUCAUGGACCUCUUAGCUGGGAUUCAUACAAAACUUGUUAAUUGCUUAUUACUUUCUUUUGAUAAUCGCAAG